AUGCUGUGCCCUUACCCUCGGUUACUGUACACCGACUGCGCUAAAUUCCGUAAGGGCUGUACUGCAUCUGGUCAACCCUGCAAUCGUCGUCACCAUUUCAUUAGCUUUCAGAAGCCCUUUUUCGCAUUAUCUGUUUUCAUCAAUCCCCACAAAGGUCCAAAGCUGCUGUGGUUUCUUGCUGGAAUAAUAUCAGGCGUUGCAUUCGGAGUCAUUCUCAUUGGACUCAUACCUUCACUUGAUGCAAUGCGCAGGUUGGUCUCAAUGAACCCGACUGAACACCUAGACCUAGGUGCGAGAUCGGCUCUGUGCAUACCUAUCGAACAAUUCGAAUACCUCCGCCAUGGGGAGCCCCCAAACGCCAAUCUUCAGAACAAUAUAGAUAUUCACUUCCCGACAACGACCUAUAUCAGAGUUCCAUCUCAUGAAUCUUACACGCCACUAUUGCCUAUAACAUGUAUGUGGAAUGGUGAGAUAGUCCGCUACAACGAAAAGGUUAUUGUGUUGAAAGACGAGAACAACUUGGGAGACGCUGUCAUGUGGUGGAAGGCGGCCAAGCGCGGAAAGAAGAUCAUCAGAAAUCUAGAAGGGGUGAGGUUGGCCCAUCCCAAACGGAUUGUCCGUGCGCUUGAACUUAUCGCAGAAAUGGCUAUGAUAGGGGAUUCCAUCCUGCAUUACUAUGAGACAGCACUGAAAGAAUAUGCAAAGUCGGACCAAAUUAGAGAUGCGGUUCACACUACACCGUCCUCAGUCUAUUCCCGGAUUCUCGGUGCAAUCGGAUUACUAGACGAGUGGGGAAUAGUUGAUGACGCCAAAAAGGAAAGGUUUAUCUGGGAAGAUUUCUCGGAACUGAGACGAGGAGACAAAUAUGGAAUGCUAUUCUUCAUUCUUUUAAACACGUCCAGUUUUUUCGACUCACGCAAAGAAGAGGAGGAUGACUUUCCACGUACUACGGCCUCAGAUGUCACUAAAAUUUUUAUGGAGUCCAACGAAGACAUUACAAGAAAGUCUAUUACGGAAAAGUGGCUCUCACAUUAUUACUGGGACCCAGAGUCCCCUUUCAAGAAUCAGGAUGAAGAUGAAGGGGCGUCCCUGACGUACAUCGAUGCGACCCCUGCACAGAUUUUAACGGGCUCACAGCGACAUGCAGCUUACCGGAGCGCUCGAGCUUUCUCUUGUGCAAACCCGCGGCUAUGCUCAAGAAGGGACCACCGACGUCAGGUGCACGGCAGGAACCGGAGUGCGGCUCAUAUGAUCUUGAAACACAGACCUGCAAACAAUGCACGGGAACUCUACAUAGCUAGAUUUAUCCUCCGACGCAUAUCGAUGCCAAUGCUUGUGCGUUCGAGAGUAGAAGAGGGUCAAAUAAUGUAUGUGGAAGUUCCGCGGUUCAUGGAGCUACGACGUCGUAGGGGUGUGUCCUAUCAGUCCUUAUUAGUAGCUAAACAUGACAGUGAUCACUUUCGCCCCUUGCUUUCAUUUCGCCUUUGUAGUGUCUGGGUGAAAGAUGACCGAAAUUGA